AUGCCGCACCAGUUCGGUGGCGCGGCGGGCGCGGGCGCGCUGGCGGGCGGCGCCUCGCCACCGGCGCAGCACGCAGCGCUUUUCCCGCGCUAUGCGGGUGCAGCAGGACCCGGCGCCGGCGCCUACCGUCCCGACGAGCGCCGCCUUACGAGGGAAGCCAUGGAGCGGUACCUACGGGACCGCAGUGACAUGGUCGUGGUUAUAUUACAUGCUAAAGUCGCCCAGAAGUCGUAUGGCAACGAGAAAAGGUUUUUCUGUCCCCCGCCAUGCAUUUACCUGUUUGGUGACGGCUGGCGACUGCGUCGUGAACGUAUGUUGCGUGAGGGUGAGACUGAGCAGGCGGCACAGCUGUGUGCUUUCAUAGGUAUCGGUAACUCAGAUCAGGACAUGCAACAGCUGGACUUGAAUAAUGGCAAACAGUAUUGUGCGGCCAAAACUCUGUACAUAUCUGAUUCUGAUAAGAGAAAGCAUUUCAUGUUAUCCGUGAAAAUGUUUUAUGGUAAUGGUCAUGAUAUAGGUAUUUUCAAUAGUAAGAGAAUAAAAGUGAUAUCAAAACCCUCCAAGAAGAAGCAGUCCUUAAAAAAUGCAGAUUUGUGUAUAGCUAGUGGAACGAAGGUAGCUUUAUUCAACCGCUUGAGGUCACAGACUGUAUCUACGCGAUACCUUCAUGUGGAGAAUGGUAAUUUUCAUGCAUCCUCCACUCAAUGGGGAGCAUUCACUAUCCACCUAUUGGAUGACAAUGAGAGUGAAUCUGAAGAGUUUGCAGUGAGAGAUGGAUAUGUCCAUUAUGGCUCUACAGUUAAAUUAGUUUGCUCAGUUACGGGUAUGGCACUACCCAGACUAAUAAUAAGAAAGGUGGACAAACAAAUGGCUCUCCUAGAAGCAGAUGAUCCAGUGUCUCAACUGCAUAAGUGUGCAUUUUAUAUGAAAGACACAGAACGCAUGUACCUGUGUCUGUCACAGGAACGCAUCAUACAGUUCCAAGCAACUCCAUGUCCAAAGGAGCCUAAUAAAGAAAUGAUCAAUGAUGGAGCUUGCUGGACUAUUAUAUCUACUGAUAAGGCAGAGUACCAAUUUUAUGAAGGAAUGGGACCAGUAAGGUCUCCAGUCACGCCAGUACCUCUUGUCCACUCACUAAACCUAAAUGGUGGAGGGGACGUUGCAAUGCUAGAGCUGGCAGGGGAUAACUUCACGCCUUCAUUGCAAGUAUGGUUCGGCGACGUGGAAGCUGAGACUAUGUACCGAUGUGCUGAGUCUAUGUUGUGUGUUGUACCAGAUAUCUCGCAGUUUAGAGGACAAUGGCUAUGGGUUCGUCAGCCAACGCAGGUGCCUGUAUCAUUGGUGAGAAACGACGGUAUAAUAUAUGCGACGGGGCUUACGUUUACGUAUACACCAGAGCCGGGCCCUCGACCCGUCUGCCCACCGGUCGACGACGUCAUGCGGCCCGACCAGUCCGCAAGCUGGCACCAUGAACACAACGCUCACAGGCUACCGGACAAUACUCUCCAAUAG